GGAGAGCGAGGGCGACGGGAGGAAGGAAUUCCCUCGCACAAACAAAAUAAGCCGUCGAGGCGUGUGUGUGUGUGUGUGUGUGUGUGUGAGUGCGCUGCUCUGUGACUUUACACUCGGAUAUCUGAAAAGGGGAGUUCCAGUUGAUCGACUCGUGUUUUCCGUGAUCGUAAACAGUUUCAAAUGUGAAGUCUAGAGAAAACAUCGCGCUGUCCAAGAGACGCUUGCCUUUUUUUCUAAUGUCUAUCCUAUAUUUUGAGACAACAAGGGGAGCGGUCUUCUUCGAUGUCGAUUAGGCAGCAAAGGAAAGGACAGAGGAUAGUCUUCUCGGGCAAAACUUGGUCACAAGUUUCUAACACUAAAUAACCUUGAGAAUGCCAACAGGUUCAAUGUCACGCCGCGUGUUUUCGUGGAGAAACGGUGUACUUGGCGCCCAGUAAAACAUGACUCUGGGUCAGGGCGUCGGGGGGCUUGGCGCCGGGGCCUACAUCCAGGAGGACGCCGCCAUACGCAUCAACGUGGGCGGCUUCAAGAAGAAGCUGUGGUCCAACACGCUGUCCCGCUUCCCCGAGACCCGGCUGGCGCGCCUGCUCACCUGCCAGUCCAAGGAGUCCAUCCUGGAGCUGUGCGACGACUACGACGACGCCGAGAAGGAGUUCUACUUCGACCGCAACCCGGCGCUCUUCCCCUACGUGCUCAACUUCUACAACACGGGCCGGCUGCACGUCAUGGCCGAGCUGUGCAUCUUCUCCUUCAGCCAGGAGAUCGAGUACUGGGGCAUCAACGAGUUCUUCAUCGACUCGUGCUGCAGCAACGCCUACCACUGCCGCAAGAUGGACCCGGAGCGGCGGGAGGACUGGGAGGACCGCUCCGAGGAGGGCAGCACCACCUCCUCCUUCGACGAGCUGCUGGAGUUCUACAACGACGCGUCCAAGUUCGACAAGCAGCCGCUGGGCAGCGCCCGCCGCCACGUCUGGCUGAUGCUGGACAACCCGGGCUACUCGGUGGCGAGCCGCGUCAUCAGCAUCCUGUCCAUCCUGGUGGUGCUGGGCUCCAUCGCCACCAUGUGCAUGAACAGCAUGAGCGAGUACAGCCUGGUGGACGCCGAGGGUCAGCUGGUGGAGGACCCCCGCUUCGAGACGGUGGAGCACGUGGGCAUCGGCUGGUUCACCUUCGAGCUGGCGGCGCGCUUCGUGGUGGCGCCGGACCUCCUGCGCUUCUUCGAGCACCCGCUGAACAUCAUCGACCUGGUGUCCAUCCUGCCCUUCUACCUCACGCUGGUCAUCAACCUGGUGGCGGAGAGCAGCCCGGCGCUGGCCAACCUGGGCCGGGUGGCGCAGGUGCUGCGGCUGAUGAGGAUAUUCCGCAUCCUGAAGCUGGCGCGCCACUCCACGGGGCUGCGCUCGCUGGGCGCCACGCUGAAGAACAGUUACAAGGAGGUGGGCCUGCUGCUGCUCUACCUGGCCGUGGGGGUGUCCUUCUUCUCCGUGAUGGCGUACACCGUGGAGAAGGAGGACAGCGAGGACCUGUCCACCAUCCCGGCGUGCUGGUGGUGGGCCACGGUGAGCAUGACCACGGUUGGCUACGGGGACGUGGUGCCCACGUCGAUCGCGGGGAAGCUGACGGCGUCGGCGUGCAUCUUGGCCGGCAUCCUGGUGGUGGUCCUCCCGAUCACGCUGAUCUUCAACAAGUUCUCCUUGUUUUACAAGAGGCAGAAGCAGUUGGAGAUCGCGAUGAGGAGCUGCGAUUUCGACGAGGGUAUCAAAGAGGUGCCGUCGGUCAACCUGAGAAACUAUUACGCACACAAGGUGAAGUCUCUGAUGGUGAGCUUGUCCAACAUGAGCCGGAGUUCCCCGAGCGAACACAGUCUGAACGAGUCAAUAAACUAGAGGCGUGUCACGAUACAGAGGGCAGUUCUGAGGUGCUUCAGAACCGGUGUGUGUUGGCAUGUAGCUGCAUGAAGAGCUGUCCAGGGUGCUGAAAUGUUUGAAUGUAAAGGCGCGGUUGUGCCUAUUCUGUAAUGAUGUCUAAAUCUACGUAGCUCAGUGCAAUAAUGUGUAGACAAACGUGUCACCCGCAGCCCAAAAAACAAGAUCAGUGUAUUCGAGGACCCUAUAAAGAAUGUCCGGUGCCGUAUAGGCAUAGAGGUUUCAGUGGUCGUGUAAAAUCGUUGGAGGUCACAAGUCAUUAUAUUAAAAGUGUGGUCUACUCUUCACUUAUACUUGUUGUGAUGAAAAUGUCUGAAGUAACUCCAGCAGUAUCUCUAAUGUAAGGGUCUCAAUGUGUAAGUGUAGUGAUGCAACACGUUGACUUCAGAUAUGUUGAUGAAGCAAACUAUUAAAAGAGAA